AUGAAGCUCACCUGUGCCCUGCUCCUUUUGGCCACCGUGGCGUUCGUCCUGGUGGACCAGACCAGUGCGGCCACUGGCACAACCACAGCCACGACGGAGACAACCACCACCACCACCACCGAGGACAGCACCACCACCACCAGUACCACCGAAUCCACCACCACCACGACCACGGCUGCAAGCACUGACAAAAAGAUGUAUAUAAUUCACCGCAAUGGCACAAUAACCAGGCCCAAAGUAGAAGGGAAAAUACACGGUACCAAACAAGUACACUGUAACAGCGGCGAAAAAAAGAAAAGCGGCAAAAGCGGCAAAAGCAACAGUAGCAGCAAAGGCCUACGGUGGCUAAAGUCCUUAAAAGCAAAAGCGACCUGA